AUGAAAGACAAUAUUUUUUUAUUGAUUAUAUUAGCUUUGUCUAACAUAACGAGAGCUGAUCCAAUUUUAUUACCAGAGAAAACUGAAAAUUCAAAAAAUAUUGUUGGCAAAGAUAAAUUCUUAAAAUUAGAGUUCCAAAAAUUUUAUGCUGAUUCUGUUAAUGAUAUACCUCCUAGAGAUUAUAGUUUUAAUAAAAGGGACUCCGUUUUAGAUUUAAAAAAUUCAAAACCAUAUAUCAAAUUGAUUAAAAGACAUGAUGGUUACGAAAAAAUUCAAAUCAUAAAUCAGCAAUCAUUUUACUCUGUCAAUUUACAAAUUGGUACGCCUGCUCAAUCAAUUACAGUUUUAGUUGAUACCGGAUCCUCUGAUCUUUGGGUAACAGGUUCAAAUAAUCCUUAUUGUAAGGGGAAUAGUGGUAAAGCUAUGGAGAAUAUAGGAUUUUUCCCCCCUUCCAAAUAUGAUUCUGAGUUCACUUCAAAUUUAGAUUCUUCCUCUGAGGAAGACUUGGAAAUUUCUUCAGGCACUAACUCUUUAGAGAUCAACUCUUCUGAUGAUGAUAAUACAGAGGAUAGUUCUUUCAAUGAUUAUUAUUCAGAUGAUGAACCUAGUUCAAGUUCAAAUCUAGUACGUUGGUUAGAAAGAUUAAAAUUUUGGAAAAUUCAUACUGAUAAAAAUAGAGCAAAAAAAAAAAUUGACAAUAAGAAUAAUUUCCCACAAAUGAAAAUUACACAACCAGAGUUAGGAAAAGCAGAAUGGGAUCCAUUUAGUUGGGAAUCGACUACAACAGAUACUUCAAGUGGUCUUGGAUUUGCCACAAGAUCUUCAAGCUCAAGUAGAGCUACGAUUAAUUGCGAUGCUUAUGGUACUUUUGAUAUUGAAAAUUCUUCUACAUAUCAAUCAAACCAAACUGGGUUUGCUAUUCGAUAUGCAGAUACCUCUUUUGCCUCUGGGGAUUGGGGUCGAGAUGUUUUAACGUUCUCCGAUGGAUUAAAUGUUACUGGACUUUCAUUUGCUGUAGCAAAUCAAACAAAUUCUACCGUAGGUGUCUUGGGUAUAGGUUUACCACAAUUGGAAGUCACUUAUGCAGGUGUAUAUCAAACUACAAAGCCUUAUACGUAUGAUAAUUUCCCCUUAGUAUUGAAAAAUUCAGGUGCCAUCCAUAAAAGUGCUUAUUCGUUAUAUUUAAAUAAACAAAGUGCUAAAAAUGGGAAUGUUUUAUUCGGUGCUAUAGAUCAUUCACAAUAUCAAGGUGAUACAUUGUAUACCAUUCCAUUAGUAAACUCUGAUACUUCAUCUGGUUAUUCCAAACCUAUUGAAUUUGACGUCACAUUACAAGGGCUUGGUGUUAGUGACAAUAGAAAUGGUAAUUUUACUGUUACUACGACUCAAAUUGUAGCGUUAUUGGAUUCGGGAACAACAUUGACUUAUUUCCCAAAAGAUAUGCUAAAUCUAUUAGCCAAGAGAAUAAAUGCUUCUUACUCAGAGGCGUUAGGUUAUUACGUUAUGAAUUGUCCAGAUUCAAGAGAUAAUACUCAAUUAGUUUUUGAUUUUGGUGGGUUCCAUAUUAAAACUAAUUUAACUAAUUUUGUUCUAUCAUCUGCAUCAGGUAAAUGUGUCCUUGGUUUAUUACCCUAUAAUGGUAACUCUGCAAUUUUAGGUGAUAUCUUUUUAACUCAUGCUUAUGUUGUUUACAAUUUAGAUGAUUUAGAAAUUUCCAUGGCACAAGCUAAUUUUAACAAUGGUAAUGAUGAAGAUAUCGAAGUCAUCUCAUCUACGAUCCCAAAUGCGGUAAAGGCCCCAGGUUAUUCUUAUACCUAUUCAGUUUCAAAAUCUAUUGUACCUGGUGGUGACAUAUUUGUCCCUACUACUUAUUCAAUUAAUCCCAUUACAACAAGUUCAGGUCGUGGUGAUAAGCUUACUUCUACUCAUAAAGAUAUUAUUGUUUCCACUUCUCAAAUGAGCAACCGUACUGCCUCUAAGAUAAAACAUGCAAACAAUGCUGCAGGGUUAAGAAAUAGUGAUGGGUUCUGGACUGUGUUAUUCACUUUUAUUUGUACUUUGAUUAUUUGA